AUGUCGCUGCAUGCCUGGGAGUGGGAGGAUGAGGACAGAGCGAGCAUGGGGCCCAUGUCCUCCAUGGCCAGCUUUUACCAGUCUGGGAGUGAGUGUGAUAUGGAGGAGUACCUGCAGGUCAAAGCCCAAGCCCAGGAGUCAGACUCUGAGCACCCAUGCAGCAGCGAGUCCUCAUAUGGGCCUGCCAGCACCUUCAACUCCGAUGUGCCCCAGGUUGUCCCCUGCAAAUUCAUCAUCUCACUGGCUUUCCCGGUGAACACUGGUUAUAAAGGAAAAUAUACAAUUUUGAUGGAAAAAUACAGGAAACACCCUAAAAUGGACAAACCUGCUGCAAAGGUUCGGCGUUACUACCACAUUGAGUAUUUCCUUCUGCCCGAUGAUGCGGAGCCUAAAAAAGUUGACAUGGUGGUGUUUCCAAUGGUGGCCAAAGUGUUCCUGGAUUCAGGGGUAAAGACAGUGAGGCCAUGGCACGAAGGGGACAAAGUCUGGGUGUCAUGGACCCAAACUUUUAACAUCAACGUGACGAAAGAAUUACUAAAGAAAAUUAAUUGUCACAAAAUAACCUUGAAGGUCUGGGACACUAAGGACAAGGUUUCGAGAAAAGUCAGGUAUUACCGGUUAAAGAAUACUGGGUAUUCAGAAGAUACAGGAUCUUUCGGUAAGUCAGAGGAAGUGAAAAAUUUGGUUUUAAAUCAGAGGAGAUUAUCUGCACAGGCCCCACACAUCAAAGAGGAGUGGAACCAGGAGGAUGCACGAGAAAAAGCAGGAAAACACAUCAAGUCUUUGCAUGAUUCUCACCCAGCAGAGUCUGAAACUUUUCCCAAGAUCUCCGAGGAAUAUGAAAAGAUACCCAGAAUGGAAGAUCUUGCCACAGUUCGAUGGAGUAUUUCAAGAGAAACAGCUCUUUCUUUGGGAGCAGCAUCUGGGAUGGAGAUGAAGGAAUUAACUGAGAGAUCAUCAUUUAGCAGCUUAACAAACAUGUUAGAAAAGCAAAAAUUUCAAAUUAAACAGAAAGACUCAGAGGGAAGAAAGAAGAGCCAGAAGAAAAGGAAGAAGUCUCGAGCAGAAGAGGAAACUGACCCCAAGGUGGAAGGAAACUGGAAGCAUGGUACCUUCUCCACUGAGCUGGUGGUGAUGCCGCUCCUUGCAGGAUGGCAAACUGUUGUGAGUCGUGGCAGGGGGAAGUCUGCCAGCAUUUUAGAUUGUUUUUUGACUUUAAAAACAGAAGUUCCUAUCAUGACUGAGGAGCAAAAACAGGACUUAAAUCCCCUGACCAUAAAGAUCAAGUGUGUUUCCUGCCUUCCAUCACAACCUGUUCCCCUCCAUGAACUAGAGAGGCUGUGCAUCCCUGUGUACUGCAAGUACCAGUUCUUUAAGACUCCAGUUCACAGAACAGAGGGGCGGCCCCAUGGAAUCCACAUCCACUUCCAGGACAUCAAUGUCAUCUUUCUCGGGGCAAUGCAGCCCAGUGACCUGAGGGAAUAUCUGGAGGGGCCCCCCAUGGUGGUGCAAGUUCAUGACAGGGACCGCAAGUUAGAGGAGUAUUUCCGGAAGCCCACCUUGUUUGGGGAUGACCCCUUGGAUGCAUACCUCAACCUCCAGUCCCUCAUCUCUCCGGAAGAGACAGAGAGCAACCCCUUUGAAUCCCACAACAAAAUAUGGGACCCUUAUGGGGUUGCCCAGGUCAGUUUUGCCGACCUUCUCCUUGGCCACAAGUACUUGAACUUGGUCGUCCCCAUCCACAGCUGUGAGCCCAAGCCCACACACCGUGGCCAGAAUGGCAGAAGCAGGAAGGUUGUGGGGUUUCGGGUCCCCACAGAUGGCUUCCAGCACAACCCAAUGCCAAUGGGUAAUUACCUCGAGGCCAACUCUGUGCUCAAGCUGCGGGUGGACAUCGCUGUGCCACUGCGGGCCAGGGCUGAAGCCCCUGACCCAGAAUUUACAGGCACCCAGUUUGGCCGCAUCGUUUUCGUGUUUGACUCCAAGAAGAUCUCCCUCCUCCAUGACCUGCUGCAGGACAUCACCAUGAUCAAUGCCAAGGCCCUUGAUCUGGAGGCGUACCCUAUCAGGGACAUUCAGCAGAUCCUGUCGGCCUUUAAGAUGCGGGUGAAGAUCCAGGAAAGGCAGGACCUGGAUGUGCUCACUGGCUUCCACCUGCUGGAUGGGAAGAUCCACCUUCUCAUUCUGGAGGGUUUAGCUGACCAAGGCUUGAAGCGGUUAUGGGACAGCCAUCAAAGCCGAGUCACCAAAGCAGAACAGGGCAGUUCCAAGGUGCUCUACAACUCGGCGCUGCGGUUCCACCACCGCCUCUACGCCGACCUGGAGACCAUCCUAUACCAAGUGCACCUCUUCAAGCCGCUGUCACAGCUCAUGAAGUGCUCGGCACUCUGCAUCCGCAACAGCGUUCUACAGAAGGCCUUCCAGGCCCUGACCAGGAUCUACAGCAUCUGCCAUCACUGCACCAAGCUCAGGGAGGUGAUCACCAGAGACCUGCUGCCGUCCUCCACCAUGGUCAAGGACUUGAGCCAAGAGCUGGGGCUGCCCAUCUCACAAGACGAUCUCACAGAUGGAAAAGUGAUGGUCUUGCCAUCUCAGCCGGCCCCCUGUCUUGAGCGCUUCCUAAGUCGGAAAUCCACCCUCGCUUACGAGAUCCAAGCCCACAGGGACAAGUACCUGCAGGGGCGGAACACCAUGGUGCUUACUGACAAAGGCCGGGAGCCCAGCCUGAUCCAGAAAAAUAUUACUGGAGCCUACCAGGUUAGCAAGAAGCCUUCAAAGUCUGUGGUGAAGGUGAUCAGAAUUUCAGCCCCUGCCAAAGAUGCUGUUUAUAACUACAGUAUCCAGACCCUGAACUCCACAGGGCUUGCUAAGAAGGAGCUGUAUCGAGAGAUGGCCAAGGAGCCACAGAAGAGAUUCACGUACUCCCAGAAGUACCUCUCAGCCAUGGUGGAGCCUCAGGACUCAGAGGAAGAGGAGAAGAAAGCCAAGAAGAAAUCCCGCCAGGCCUGGCUCACGGCCAACAGAUUCCAACUGACAGGUCUUCACAGAAGCCCUGAAAGCAACCGUCACCCCAGACUGCCGCCCACUGGCACCAUCGCAGAGCUGAACGAGGAGUGGAGGGAAAAUGCCCAGUUUGCUAACGUGCUGGAUCGAGAGAGGUGGAGUUGGGACCGGCGCCAGCAGGACUUUGACCUGUAUAAGAAGCCACCGCUUUUCUUUGAGCUGCCCCCUCCUCCAGCGCCAAGGCCUGCAACAGGUAACAGCGACCUCUGCAAGGUGGAGCCUCCUGAUGCUGCGUGCAGUCAGGAUUUCUGCUGCUUCGCAUCUCUGGCCUUUUUGUUUUACCUAAAGCUAGGAAGUUGA